CACUCAGCAGAAAACGACCAUAUUCAAGCAGCUAUUUUACAACCAAGUCUCUUGUCUGUGUGAGCUUGUUGCUGCCAAAUUACUUUUGACCAGUUAUCAAAUCAAAGGCUUGAAUUACUUUUUACAAUCGUGUCCUGACACACCAGAGAAACCAGGAAGCAUCUGUUCCUCCCUGAAGAGACGCAGGCUGAAAACCAGACGAUCACAUUCACCUUCCAAACCAAACUGAACCAAACCAGACCAGACGUCCUGAGUGAGUCCAGCUACAGGAGAGAAGAGUCAAACUACAACCUGCCGACGCUCCACACACUGACCCUUCACCUGGAGACUCAAUGGCUUCCAGAUUAGAAGAAGAUCUCUGCUGUUCCGUCUGCCAUGAUGUCUUCAGAGAUCCUGUCAUUCUGUCAUGUAGCCACAGCUUCUGUAGAGACUGUGUGAAGAGCUGGUGGAAAGACAAAGAAGUAAAAGAGUGUCCACUUUGUAAGAGAAGAUCUUCAAGGUCAGAACCACCUGUUAGCCUGGUGUUAAAGAACCUGUGUGAGACCUUCUUACAGGAGAGAGAUCAGAGCUCUUCACAUGCUCUCUGCAGUCUGCACUCAAAGAAACUCAGACUCUUCUGUCUGGACCAUCAGCAGCCAGUGUGUCUCAUCUGCAGAGAUUCAGAAAAACACACCGGCCACAUAUUCAGACCCAUCGAUGAAGCUGCACAACAACACAAGAAGCAGGUACAGGAAACUCUGGAGCCCUUGAAGAAGAAGUUACAGAGUUUUGAACGUGUUAAAGUAAAGUUUGAACAAACAGCAGAACACAUUAAGGUCCAGGCCGGACUCACAGAGACGCAGAUCAAGGAGCAGUUUAAAAAGCUUCAUCGGUUUCUGGAGGAGGAAGAGGAGGCCAGGAUGGCUGCACUGAGGGAGGAAGAGAAGCAGAAGAGUCGGAUGAUGAAGGAGAAGAUUGAGGCUCUGAGCAGAGACAAAAAGACUCUUUCAGACACAAUCAGAACCACAGAGGACGAGCUGAGAGCUGAAGACGUCUCGUUCCUGCUCAACUACAAGGCUGCAGUGGGACGAGUCCAGCAGCGCCCCCUGCUGGAUGAUCCACAGCUGGCCUCAGGAGCUCUGAUAGACGAGGCCAAACAUCUGGGCAACCUGAGCUUCAAAAUCUGGAACAAGAUGAAGGACGAGGUCUCGUACUGUCCUGUGGUUCUGGAUCCAAACUCUGCUAAUCCACAACUCGUCCUUUCUGAAGAUCUGACCAGUUCGAGAUGGGGAGAGAAACAGAAGCUUCCUGACAAUCCAGAGAGGUUUAAUCAUUACGCCUCAGUCCUGGGAUCUGAGGGUUUUAACUCAGGGACUCACAGCUGGGACGUCCUGGUUGGAGACAGUACUGACUGGGCACUGGGUGUAAGAGCAGAGUCUAUCCAGAGGAAGGGAGACAAUCUGUCUGGAACAUGGAGAAUAGUGUUCUAUGAAGGUAAAUACUACGCAGAUUCACCAUCAGGAAGAUCUGUUCUCUCUGUGCAGAAGAUCCAGAGGAUCAGAGUGAAACUGGACUGGAACGGAAGAAAACUGUCGUUCUAUGAUCCUGAUACUAACAAACACAUUCACACCUUCAUACACACUUUCACUGAGAAGAUGUUUCCAUACUUUAGCAUUGGAGAUCCCUUGAAGCUGUUACCUGUGGCAGUCUCUGUGACGCUGGAUCAGAGCCGUUAGAGAUAAAGAUUUUAUUGAUCAUUAUUUCUUCAAGAGAAAUAUGCUGAAUAUAAAAGUUAAAGUCGUUAUUCUAAAGCUUUGUUUAUUUCUCCUUUGACUUUUCCACGUGUGUAAAAAUAUUUCAUUAUUUUCUGAUCUUUAUCUUUGGUUUUAACUUUCAUUGAAAAUGUUUUCUAUUAUAUAGAUUUUGUGUAGAUCCAUGAAGUUGAGCAAACUGAUCAAGAUACACAUAAAAACACAUUUAUCAAUAACAGCUGAUCAUUGUUCACAUUCAACAAACUUUAUUAAAACUCACACAUGAGA